AGGCAGGACAGCACCAAAACGCUGCUAAUAAAAAGUGAACAGCUGCUGAGGAUCGAGGAGCACGACUUCGCCAUGAGACCGGGCUUUGGAGGCGCAGCCAUCCCCGUGGGCAUCGACGUGCAGGUGGAGAGCAUCGACAGCAUCUCGGAGGUCAACAUGGACUUCACCAUGACCCUCUACCUGCGCCACUACUGGAAAGACGAGCGCCUGGCGUUUCCGUCGCGCAACAACCAGAGCAGGACGUUUGACUCUCGACUGGUGAAGAAGAUCUGGGUUCCUGACGUCUUCUUCGUCCACUCCAAACGCUCCUUCAUCCACGACACCACCAUGGAGAACAUCAUGCUGCGGGUUUACCCCGACGGAAACAUCCUCUACAGCGUCAGGGUCACCGUUACAGCCCUCUGCUCGAUGGACUUCAGCAGCUUCCCUCUGGACACGCAGAACUGCUCGCUGGAGCUGGAGAGCUAUGCGUACAAUGAGAACGACCUGAUGCUUUACUGGAAGAAUGGGAACGACUCUCUGAGGACGGAUGAGAUCAUGUUGUCUCAGUUCUUCAUUGAGCAUUUCCACGCCUCCAAUGGCCUGGCUUUCUACAGUAGCACCGGAUGGUACAAUCGCCUGUUCAUUAAUUUCAUCCUUCGGAGGCACAUCUUCUUCUUCAUGCUGCAGACGUACUUCCCCACCAUGCUGAUGGUGGUUCUGUCCUGGGUCUCCUUCUGGAUUGACAGGAGGGCUGUUCCAGCACGAGUCUCUCUGGGUAUAACCACGGUGCUCACGAUGUCCACCAUCAUCACCGGGGUGUCCUCCUCCAUGCCUCAGGUGUCGUACGUGAAAGCAGUGGACAUCUACCUGUGGACCAGCUUCCUGUUUGUCUUCCUGUCCGUCAUCGAGUACGCGGCGGUGAACUACUGCACCACGCUGGAGGAGAUGAGGAAGAUGAAGAGGGGGAAGAUCCCGUCCACCUUCAACGCCAGCCAGGCGAUGGCCUUCGACGGCUGCUUCCACGACAAUGACAUCGAGCUGACGCCGUUCCCCGGCGCGGCGCCGACCCUGACCCCUGACGCCCGCGCCGCUCCGGCCCAGACCCCGGACAUUCGCCCCGCGGAGGGAACUCGCCUCCGCCCGGAGCGGUCGCUGCGAGAAAACGUGGACCUGCUGCUCAGCAACAGCUACAUGAUCGACUCGUACUCCCGCCUGGCCUUCCCUCUGUCCUACCUGCUCUUCAACACCAUCUACUGGAGCCUGUACUCUUGAUCCAGCGCCGCAAGCUCUCCACGGACUGCGGCGCCCCCGACCGAGUCCGACCGUGCUGAGUCGGGGAAGCGGGCCGGAGGAUCCCUCCUUCUCCGCGGGGCUCCAGAGCCGCUUCACUGCCCCGGUUCACGCAUUCGUCGCCGGCUUCGUCACUAAUCGCGUUCUUUGCAGGGGAGGCUCGAGAUAGGAGCGCUCGAGUCCCUCGGCCCGAGCCGGAACUCUCCAGUCGUGCACGGUGUCACCGCGAUGGAUCCCGGGACUGGGACUGGGACUGGGAGAGCAACGAAGCCUGACUUGUUUUUUUUAAUCACCUGUACAUGUGACUCCUCUUUCUGUGCACCAUCUUUAUCUUAAUGGUUUGUAGACUUACGUUGAACCCCUCGGCUCCGGGGAAGAGCAUUUACCUGCAGAUGUUUGACAAACAUCCUGCUCUGUCUUUCUUUUUCUUUUUCUUUGACGAAAGUUGUGAUUGGAGCAAACCAACUACUGUACGUGUCAUGUCAUUGAUUUUUUCUUUCUCAUUAAAUCUGCAUCUUGUUCACCGGGAUGUUCACGGACUGACUCUCUGCGGCCGUGGCCGCGGUACCGCCGAGGACACAGACGUUACCGGCCUCGCUCGUGAAUCCAGUGUUUUUUCUGAGUCCUUAUAGGGGGUAAAGGCAGGUUGGGAUCGUUUGAAUGCUAAAAAA